AUGGCCUCUAAAACGAGAAGCCAGCAAACUCUUUCCAUUGGACAUACCGAAAAGAAUGCCAUGGAAGAAGCUCUAGAUGAUGGUGUUCUGCGGCUCAGCAUGCGAUACCGCGAUUUUACGCUGUUUCUCGACUUGAAAGACCAAUAUCACAAGGAGUUCCUAACGCGGCUUACGGAACACACCGAACAGUUCGGAUUUGACUGGGGCACGUUGGAGCAAUCUAAGCAUGAGCGGAUGUCGUGUGCUGAGAGCUUUCUGGGCCGGUACGGGAUGCUGUAUUGGGGCAAGGAGGUGAACAGGGAGAGGUUCCUUAUGAAGGAUUCUCGAGCGGAUCCGGCCUCUCUUUGUAUCUAUCCGGAGAGGAAGAAGGAGAUCGUGCGCGUGAUUGAGAUGCUGCUGCAGAAGAAGGCUCGAAGCAUCCUCAAGGCUAAUAUGACUCCUCAAACACCGAGCGAUGCGCCUGCCAAAACGGUAUCUUCUUCGAGCCUUGUUCUUACCAAUGGAGUGGCAGGAAGUUUAUCGUCCAGUGUUGGCGAAAACAAUAACCAGCUAGGAAAAAGAAGGGCCCCCGAUGACCUCGAAGCCUCGCCAUCACGGCUCGGAGAUGCAGAUGCCAGGGCCAUUAGGCCAUUUAGCUCUAUCAGUGACACCGCGAGCAACACCAUGAGAAGACAGGGACCAGUUAGCCUGCAUGAGGCAUCGAGAAACGUGAACCGUGUUGAAUACUCUGGAACCCCGAAAACGGACUCAACGAUGACCCAUCUCUCAAGAAUCACCCCUGCAGACACAGCGCGGAUGCCCGAAGACACACUACAACAGCAGACAAAGUUCCUAGUAUCAGCCUCAACCCAGCCGAACAUGGCGCCUGUUUGGGUCCCCUUCCAGGUCUUCCAAUCGGCAGCAUCGUUCAUAGCACAUAUGGCGGAGGAAUGCAACAUCCACGAAUGGGAUCCUAGCGCUCAAUUGAACAAGGAGAUCUCAAAGUGGGACAGCAGUCCUCCAGCACCGCAAGCAGUUGUGGCGGCGUCCGUCAAGUUCGACUGGUCAGAGUUCUUCAUACGGGUACGCCAGGGCAGGGAUGACGACUGGGAAUUUGUGAUGCAGGAACUUCGCAAUUCAUGGAGAGUUAAACAAGGCGACGAUGGAAGCGAGGCUGGAAACCAGCGAUUCCACAUCCUUGUGAUGCUUCAUGUUGUCUCCUGA